AUGUAAAAUUAAUUUGGCAAAUGGUUAUUGACCAACUAUGGAUGACAAUGACUGAAAAGAAUCCUAUCUUAUGUGGAAUAAUUAGAAACUGGAUCAUAUGAUAAUGUAAUUCAAGAAUUUUCAUUGGCUUAGCACCAUGCUCUACAAAUAUGUUAAGCAUAUGAUUGUAUAGUUUUUGAGGGUGUGUUUACUUUUAUUUUAUUUUUUGAUUUCUAUAUUUUGGGGGCAUACUAGUUGGAUAUCAGAUGAUUAUACUACUUCUCAAAUGGUUUAAUUGAUUUAUUUAUUCAAAACUCUUUGUUGUAUUUGUUUUCUGAAGUCAUCCAGUGCAUCAUAUCGCUCAGUGACACAACCACAGAAGAAAGCUGUGAGCUUUUGUCAAGCUGUGUUACUUCCAGGAGUAAUCCCUUACUCACUCUCGUAUGCCUGUCUGAAACUGGUCAAUUACUCAUUCUUCUUUUGGCUGCCUUUCUAUUUAUCAGACAAAUUUCACUGGAAGGACACAGUUGCAGACAAAGUUUCAACAUUUUAUGACAUUGGAGGAAUUGUUGGUGGCAUUAUUGGAGGAUUAAUCAGUGAUCUGAUGGGAAAGCGUUCUCCUUUGGUCAUAAUAAUGCUUGUGUUAUCUGUUCCCAUGCUUUUUAUUUAUGGAAAUACUGGAGGUGGUUACACACUGAAUGCUGCCUUGAUGUGUUUAACUGGUUUUCUGAUUGGUGGACCUGCUAAUCUGAUAAGUUCUGCCAUAUCAGCGGAUCUUGGAAGACAGAGUGUUCUCAGCGCAAACAGUGAAGCAUUAGCUACUGUAACAGGGAUUGUGGAUGGUACAGGAAGUGUUGGGGCUGCUAUAGGACAGUUUCUUGUCCCUGAAAUAAAUACACACAGUGGGUGGAAGCCUGUGUUUUACUUUUUGAUGGUGAUGGCUUUCUUGAGUUUUAUUUGUCUCCUUGUACCAAUUGUGAUCAAGUGUGUAAGAGCACGGCGGGCACCAUACUCCUACUAUCAAGUGACAGUUGCCAAUGAUGCCCCAGAGUACCCCCCUGAAAGAUACAUUGACAACACCAUAUCAAAUUCCUGAAUGACAAAAAAGUUGAAUUUCAUUGAGUUGGAGAAUCGUAGUAUUUUCAUUUUCUCCAAGAAAGGGUGGUCGUUAAUGUAGGCCUCAGCGACAUUACAAAGCACAGCUCUUGGUUGAGGAAAUUUGCUAAAUAACUUGAUUCUGUCUCUUUGGUUUGUUGUUGAAAUCUUUGCGUGUGAACAUACAAAUGAUAGCUCACGAACAUAACUUUUCUUUUUUGUCAUUUUUUAUUGCUAAUAUUUUCCCCAUUACAUUUUUUAAACUAUGUAGAUUGUUUUACUUCAAUACUCUUUCCUAGUGAAGGGUAAAAAGGGAUAUCGUUUUUGUUUAACCUUGGAAUGAGAGAUACCAAUACCACCUGAAGUGGUCAACCAGUAGCCAAGACUUGACAUAAGAUAACAGAAUUUUGCGUGUAGUUAAAUUACUUAACAAACACUGCGAAGAAUAUCUUUAGGCGUAACAGGUUAUAGCGAAACAUCUUGUUGUAAUGUACAAUACUAAACUGGGAAAAAGCAAUUGUUUGCAAAAAAAGAUUUCGAACUGCCUCAUUCUUUUCUUGUCCAGGAAAAUUCAGUUGUAAUUUUAAAAUUCAUUGAUUGAUUGAGGGAACUGCUUAUUGACGUUGUUGCUGUUUUUAAAAUCUUUCCAUGGUUAAACAGUUUUAGUUUCUUUUUAGAUUAAAGAUUUUUAGAUUAGUUUCAUUUAUGUGGUAGAUACACACUUAAUGAUUUUCUUACACAUAUUUCCCUGUAUUUAUUUUUUAUUUUUUCAGUUGUUAUUAGGUAUACUGUGAAUUUUCGAAAGUGUGCCUUGGUUAAAUUAAGUAUUGAGUCCUAGCACGAAACUUCUUUUAAUAACCCUGUCACAGCGCUGUGAAUGGUUAAAACCUGUGUGUUGUUGAGUGAAGAAAUUGUUUCCAUAUUUACAUUAUAGAAAAGCUGCAAACACUUUAAAAAAGAGUCCGCUCCAUAGAAAACAAUAAACCUAGGGCACAUGUUUGAAAGCUGACGGCAUACAUUCCAUCUAAACUUUUAAUUUAUGUUUGAUAAUUAAUAAUGGUAAUAGGACUGAGUGGAGUCCAGUUCGGUCUGUAAUCAUACAAG